AGUGUGGUAGAACAAUUCCAGGAGUGCUGAAAGGAACCAAAAUGAUGAAGUUGUAUGUACACGAAUCUCCAGACAAAUUCAAAGGGCUGUGUUUAUUUUUUGUACGUGCCAGGAAUGACACUGCCGUGAAUGUCAAAACUAUGCAUGAGGACAUAUACUUUUCAGUAAUGGAAGGAAGUGAAGGGCUCCUGCUUGGGAUCAGGAACAUCCUCGCAAAUCUUUUUCUGCCAUCUGUCCUUGCCACAAAUAAUUGGGGCGCUUUGAAUCAAACCAAGCAGGGAGAGUUUGAAAAACAGGCUUUUACUGAGACGCUGAACAGAUAUCUGGCAUUUUUGGAUGGUGCAAGAGUGAGCAUUGAAGGGACAGUACAGCUGAAAAAAAUAGAUUAUAUUGACUUUAGUAAAUUCCAGUCUUUUGAGCAAGUGACAGCAGCAGCUGCUAAUCCUGAUACGGUUCAUCAAUUAGAGGAAGUGCUUAUGAUAUGGUAUAAGCAAAUAGAGCAAGUUUUGAUUGAGAGUGAACAGAUGAGAAAGGAAGCAGAUGACUCAGGUCCUCUGACCGAACUCGAACACUGGAAGCGUAUGUCUGCUAAGUUUAAUUUUAUUAUCGAACAGAUCAAAGGACAAAAUUGCAAGGCUGUCAUAAAUGUCCUAAAUGUUGCACGCUCCAAAAUAAUAAAGCUGUGGAGAGAAUUGGAUGCCAGAAUAACAGAUACAGCAAAUGAAUCAAAAGAUAAUGUGAGGUAUUUGUACACCCUUGAAAAAGUUUGCCAGCCACUUUAUAACUAUGAUUUAGUUUCCAUGGCCCAUGGAAUACAGAACUUGAUUAAUGCUAUCCGAAUGAUUCAUAGUGUUUCAAGAUACUAUAACACUUCUGAGAGAAUGACGUCACUGUUUAUAAAAGUUACAAAUCAAAUGGUAACAGCAUGUAAGGCAUAUAUUACUGAUGGAGGUUUUAAUCGUGUAUGGGAACAGGAUACUCCUAUAGUAAUUAAGAAAAUUCAGGACUGUAUUUUUCUGUUUAAAGAGUAUCAGAAGAGUUUUCAUAAAACAAGAAAACAAAUUUUGGAGACUUCAGGGGAGAAGACAUUCGAAGUCUCUGAGAUGUAUAUUUUUGGCAAAUUUGAAGCUUUCUGCAAAAGGCUAGAAAAGAUUACAGAGAUGAUAACCAUAGUUCAAACCUUUUCUGCACUGAGUAUGUCCACCAUCGAAGGAAUUGAUAUUAUGGCAAUUAAGUUCAAAAACAUCUACCAAAGCGUUCAGAAGAAAAAAUACGAUAUUCUUGACCCACGGAAAACAGAGUUUGACGUGGAUUUCGCAGAUUUCAUGACAAAAAUUGAAAAUUUAGAGGUCCAGAUACAGACAUUUAUGGCUGGUUGUUUUGGACGAAUCUUGUCUUCACAACAUGCUCUCCAGCUGCUUCAAAGGUUUCAGAAGCUGAAUAUGCCAUGCCUUCAGCAUGAAAUCGCACACACGAUCGGGCGUAUUCUUCAGCAUUACGUUGCGGAACUUGAGGCAACUAAAAAGCUUUAUCAGGCUCAAAAGGAGGAUCCUCCCCUGGCUCGAAACAUGCCCCCUGUAGCAGGAAAGAUAUUGUGGGUGAGGCAGCUGUUCAGGCGUAUCAGUGAGCCAAUCAACUAUUUUUAUAAAAAUUCAGAUAUCUUGGCAAGCGCAGAAGGUAAAGCAGUCGUUCGAUUAUUCAAUAGAAUUUCCUAUGUAUUGGUGGAGUUUGAGGUGCUCUAUCACACAGCUUGGAUGAAGGAAAUUUCACAGCUACAGUAUGCAUUGCAGGUUACACUCUUGGUUCGUCAUCCUGAAACUGGAAAGCUUUUGGUUAAUUUUGACCCCAAGAUUUUAGAGAUUGUCCGAGAGACAAAAUGCAUGAUAAAAAUGGGACUAGAUGUGCCCGAAGAGGCAAAGAGGAUAGUUAAGAUUGAAAGCCAUGUUAAGGCAAACAAAUUAUGCUUGGAGAAUAUUCUACACUGCUAUGAAAAUUUGUGUCAAGAAGUACCCACUGUCUUUGUCAAUUUGAUGGCACCCAAAAUGAAGAAGGUAGAAACUGUGCUGAGGCAAGGGCUUACCAUUUUAACCUGGUCAUCUUUGACUUUAGAUAGCUUCUUCCAAGAAGUUGAUGAAGUUAUUAAAAUGUUUAAUCAGCUUUUGAAAAAGAUUAAUGACUUAAGUGAAAUGCAGAUUGAUUUAACAAUGAAAGAUAUGGCAAAUACCCUAUUACUUAUACUACCAGAAAGUCCAACAAAAGUGGAGGAUUUACUUGCACGCAAUGAGGUAUGCACCAAGGAAUGGGCUGAAAUCUUAAACAACAGAAGCAGACACAUAGAAGAUGCAGUGCAAGAACUGAUAUCUAUAUUUGAGCAAAUUUACGAAGUUAAGCGUACUAAAAAACCAAGUGUGAAAAAAUUUCAACCGCAAGGGAAGCAUGUAGCAUUCGGAAGUUCAUCAGAUGAGAAGACUUCUGCGUCUUCAGGUGUGCUCAGUAGUGAAGACGCUGAGGACAGUGAGAAGGAAGAUGAGUUUAAAAAGGAAUGCAAAGAAGUAGUUGCAUAUUUUAGUCAUCAGUUGCUGGACAGCCUACAGAAAGCUACUCGAUUAUCCUUGGAUGCCCUUAAAAAGCGAAUAUUUGUUGCAAGCUCCAGCUCAUUUGGACGACCACCCUAUUUACCUCAGACAGCAACUACUAAACCCGAAGAUGUUAUUACAUUUCUAAAAGCUGAAGUGCACUUAGCUAUUCCAAAUGUUGUAAUGGUGCCUAGUUUGGAUGAUAUCCAGCAAGCCAUCAACCGUAUGAUUCAGUUGACACUGGAUGUAAGCCGUGGGGUGGCACACUGGGGACAGCAACACCACCCGCCAAGAUCCAGUACCACCCUGGAAACCAAUGUUGCUACAACACCCAGCGUAGUAGGAGGAAAAAUGAGAAAAGAAGAAAAAACACCAGAAGAGUCAUAUCCUGCAAGAAAGUUGAGAAAUUUCUAUCCAGGGGUGGCAGAACACAAAGAUAUUUCCAAGUUAGUUGUGCUUCUGUCCUCAUCGGUAAACUCUGUACGGAAAGCAGCUAGUGAAGCGCUGCAAGACUUUCAAAAAUAUAAAGCUCUGUGGACAGAAGACAGGGAUGCGAAAGUUCAGCAAUUUUUGGCCAGUAACCCAUCUCUGACUGAGAUCAGGUCAGAGAUUCUUCAUUACGCUACCUUUGAACAAGAGAUAGAAGAUUUAAAACCUACAAUUUCUGUUGGCCCCAUUGAACUGAAUACAGGACCAAUGAAAUUAGCGCUCUCAAUUGAAGCUAAAGCAUGGAAAAUGUUACUCUGCCGCUAUUUAAAUGAGGAGUACAAGAAGAAAAUGCAAGACAUGAUAACGUUUAUAGCAGAAUAUUUGAAAAAACUAUCUCGACCAAUUCGAGAUUUAGAUGAUGUCAGAUUUGCUAUGGAAGCUCUUGCUCAUAUACGAGACAAGGAAAUAGAAAUGGAUAUGACUAUGGGGCCCAUUGAAGAAGCCUAUACAAUUUUAAAUAGAUUUGAAGUUGAAGUGACAAAAGAGGAAUCAGAAGGAGUUGAUACAUUACGGUACUCUUUCAUAAAGCUACAAAGCAAAGCCGCCAGUGUUCAAGACGAGCUGAUUCAAGUGCAGCCCAAGUUUAAGAGCCAGCUACUGGAGGCUGUUGAGGUUUUCCGUGAGGAUGUGUCGGGCUAUGAAACAGCAUAUGAAGUGGAGGGACCCAUGGUUCCAAAUACACCACCCCAAGAAGCUAGCAACAGAUUACAGAUAUUUCAGGCCAAUUUUGAUGAGCUCUGGAGGAAAUUCAUUACUUAUUCAUCUGGUGAGCAGCUAUUUGGAUUGCCUGUCACGGACUAUGAAGUUUUACAUAAAAUCAGGAAGGAGCUAAGUUUGCUUCAAAAACUGUAUGGAUUAUAUGAUACUGUGAUGAAUAAUAUCAGUGGGUAUUAUGAAAUUCUCUGGGGAGAUGUAGAUAUUGAAAAAAUUAAUGCUGAACUUCUGGAGUUUCAAAACAGGUGUCGCAAACUACCUAAGGGGCUCAAAGACUGGCAAGCAUUUUUAGAUCUUAAGAAAAGAAUAGAUGAUUUCAGUGAGUCCUGCCCACUGUUGGAAAUGAUGACUAAUAAAGCAAUGAAACUAAGACACUGGAACCGUAUUUCUGAUACAACUGGGCAUCCAUUUGAUGUGGAAUCAGAUUCCUUUUGCCUUCGGAAUAUCAUGGAAGCACCACUUCUCAAGCAUAAAGAUGACAUUGAGGACAUCUGUAUAUCUGCUAUAAAAGAAAAGGAUAUUGAAGCUAAACUGGCCCAAGUAAUUGACAGUUGGGCAAAUCAAGUCUUGAGUUUUUCAGCAUUCAAAGGAAGAGGAGAGCUACUUCUCAAGGGAACAGAAUCGGCUGAAAUUAUUACACUGAUGGAGGACAGCUUAAUGAUCCUGGGAUCUUUGAUGAGCAACAGAUACAAUGCACCUUUUAAAAAAGAGAUUCAGAACUGGGUGUUCAAACUUAGUACCUCCAGUGAUAUAAUUGAAGAAUGGCUGAUUGUGCAAAACCUCUGGGUUUAUCUUGAAGCUGUUUUUGUAGGCGGAGAUAUUGCCAAGCAGUUACCUCAGGAAGCCAAACGUUUUCAAAACAUUGACAAAUCAUGGAUAAAGAUAAUGCAGCGAGCUCAUGAAAACCCCAAUGUAGUUAACUGCUGUGUUGGAGAUGAGACUAUGGGGCAGCUUUUACCGCAUUUACACGAGCAGUUGGAAGUGUGCCAGAAGUCGUUAACAGGAUAUUUGGAAAAGAAAAGAUUGCUGUUUCCCAGAUUCUUCUUUAUCUCUGACCCUGCUCUUCUGGAAAUACUUGGACAAGCUAGUGAUUCACACACUAUUCAGCCACAUUUGCCUGGUUUAUCUGACAACAUAAAUGAAGUGGAAUUUCAUCCAAAGGAUUAUGAUCGCAUAAUGGCAGUCAUAUCAAGAGAAGGAGAAAAAAUUCCUUUGGACACCCCAGUAAAUGCAAAAGGACCUGUAGAGCUCUGGCUGAUGGAUCUACUGAAAAUGCAACAGUCUUCAUUACAUUGUGUCAUUCGAGCAGCCUUUUAUCAGAUUAGUGAUCCAGGGUACCAGCUACUGAACUUCCUUUACCAUUUUCCAGCACAGGUAGGGUUGCUGGGAAUUCAGAUGCUGUGGACACAUGAUUCAGAAGAGGCAUUAAACAACGCAAAAGAUGAUAGGAAAAUAAUGUCAGUAACAAAUCAGAAAUUUCUGGAUAUUCUGAAUACACUUAUUGGCCAGACAACUCAUGAUCUUACGAAGUUUGACAGAGUGAAGUUUGAAACCCUCAUUACUAUUCAUGUGCAUCAGCGUGAUAUAUUUGAUGACUUGGUUAAAAUGCAUAUAAAAUCGGUGACUGAUUUUGAAUGGUUAAAGCAGUCCAGAUUUUAUUUUAAGGAAGAUCUCGAUCAAACAUUGGUGUCGAUUACGGAUGUUGAUUUUGUUUAUCAAAAUGAAUUUCUGGGAUGCACAGAUCGGCUGGUUAUAACACCAUUAACAGAUAGAUGCUACAUUACUUUAGCUCAGGCUUUGGGAAUGAACAUGGGAGGAGCUCCAGCAGGACCUGCUGGUACCGGCAAAACAGAAACAACGAAAGACAUGGGCAAAGCUUUGGGGAAAUACGUAGUAGUAUUUAACUGCUCAGAUCAAAUGGAUUUCAGAGGACUGGGCCGUAUUUUCAAAGGACUUGCACAGUCUGGCUCCUGGGGAUGCUUUGAUGAAUUUAACAGAAUUGAAUUACCGGUGUUGUCAGUAGCAGCUCAACAAAUUUAUAUCAUUUUGACAGCAAGAAAAGAAAGGAAAAAACAGUUCAUAUUUUCCGAUGGAGAUGUUGUAGAUUUAAACCCAGAGUUUGGAAUUUUUCUGACAAUGAAUCCUGGGUAUGCUGGACGCCAGGAGCUUCCAGAAAACCUAAAAAUUCAAUUCAGAACUGUUGCAAUGAUGGUUCCAGAUAGACAGAUAAUCAUGAGAGUGAAACUUGCAAGCUGUGGCUUUAUUGAGAAUGUCAUACUGGCUCAGAAAUUCUUUGUUCUCUAUAAGCUUUGUGAAGAGCAGCUUACCAAGCAGGUUCACUAUGACUUUGGGUUGAGAAAUAUCCUUUCAGUGUUGAGGACUCUUGGAUCUCAGAAAAGGGCAAGGCCCGAUGACAGUGAAAUGAGUACUGUCAUGAGAGGACUAAGGGACAUGAACCUCUCUAAACUUGUAGAUGAAGAUGAACCCCUUUUUCUUAGUCUUAUAAAUGAUCUCUUUCCGGGGUUGGUAUUGGACAGCAAUACAUAUGUUGACCUUCAGGCAGCUGUUGCAAAUCAGGUUGAAGAGGCAGGACUGAUUAACCACCCACCUUGGAAUCUUAAGCUUGUACAGUUGUACGAAACUUCCAAAGUACGCCAUGGCUUGAUGACACUUGGGCCAAGUGGAUCUGGGAAAACAACUGUUAUAACUAUGUUGAUGAGGGCAAUGACGGAGUGUGGAUAUCCUCACAGGGAAAUGCGUAUGAACCCAAAAGCUAUUACUGCGCCUCAGAUGUUUGGUAAACUGGAUACAGCAACAAAUGACUGGACAGAUGGAAUCUUUUCCACACUAUGGAGAAAAACGCUUAAGGCUAAAAAGGGCGAGAAUAUUUUUCUGGUUUUAGAUGGCCCAGUAGAUGCAAUUUGGAUUGAGAAUCUGAAUUCAGUGCUCGAUGAUAAUAAGACUCUCACUUUAGCAAAUGGUGAUCGGAUUCCAAUGUCUCCUACUUGCAAGUUGCUCUUUGAAGUUCACAAUAUUGAAAAUGCAUCUCCUGCUACAGUUUCUAGAAUGGGCAUGGUGUAUAUCAGUUCUUCUGCACUAAGCUGGAGACCAAUAUUGCAGGGUUGGCUAAAGACUCGUACUACACAAGAAGCUGAUGUGCUGCUAGGUUUAUAUGAUAAAGUGUUUGAAGACGCAUAUACAUACAUGAAAUUAAACCUUUGGCCAAAAAUGGAGCUUCUAGAAUGCAACUAUAUCAUGCAGUCCAUCAAUCUUUUGGAAGGCUUGAUACCAUCAAAGGAAGAAGGUGGUAUUGCAUGCUUGGCACAUCUUCACAAAUUAUUUGUGUUUGGCCUGAUGUGGAGUUUAGGUUCCCUCUUAGAACUGGAAAGCAGGGAAAAGCUGGAAGCCUUUUUAAGAAGCCAUGAAAGCAAAAUAGAUCUGCCACAAAUUCCUAAAGGUUCUGCAGAGACAAUGUAUGAGUAUUACGUUGCUGAUUAUGGUGACUGGGAUCAUUGGAAUAAAAAAGUUCAGGAAUAUAAUUAUCCAACAGACAGUAUUCCUGAAUAUGCAUCUAUUCUGGUUCCAAAUGUUGACAAUGUCAGAACCCAGUUUUUAAUGGAUACCAUAGCAAAACAACACAAAGCAGUGUUGCUUAUUGGUGAACAAGGAACAGCGAAGACUGUAAUGAUUAAAGGUUAUUUAAAAAAGUACGAUCCUGAAGAACAUUUAUCAAAAUGUUUAAACUUUUCCUCAGCAACAGAACCUGGAAUGUUUCAGAGGACAAUAGAAAGUUAUGUGGACAAACGGAUGGGAAGUACCUAUGGACCGCCAAAUGGCAGAAAAAUGACAAUAUUCAUUGAUGAUAUUAACAUGCCAAUUAUUAACGAAUGGGGAGAUCAGGUAACAAAUGAAAUAGUGAGGCAGAUGAUGGAAAUGGAAGGAAUGUACAGUUUGGAUAAACCUGGAGAUUUUACUACGAUUGUUGAUGUGCAGUUAAUAGCAGCAAUGAUUCACCCAGGAGGCGGUCGAAAUGAUAUCCCACAGCGCUUAAAAAGGCAGUUUACGGUUUUUAACUGCACUCUGCCAACCAAUGCAUCCAUAGACAAAAUCUUUGGGAUAAUUGGCUGUGGAUACUUUCAUCCAUGUAGACAUUUCAAGCCUGAAAUAUGUGAUAUGAUACCAAAAUUAGUUUCAGCAGGCAGAAUCUUGUGGCAGUGGACUAAGGUGAAAAUGUUGCCCACACCAUCAAAAUUUCAUUACAUCUUCAAUCUGAGAGAUCUUUCCAGAAUUUGGCAAGGAAUGUUAACUAUAAAAUCAGAAGAAUGUGCGAACCUCAGGACUCUCCUGUCGCUAUUUAAACAUGAAUGCACGAGAGUAAUUGCUGACAGAUUUGUUUGUGAAGAAGAUGAAGCGUGGUUUGAUAGAAACUUUACUAGAGUUAUUGAAGAACAUGUGGAUUCAGAACUGGUACCAAUAAUUGAAGAAGAACCAUAUCUUGUUGAUUUUUUACGGGAUAUGCCUGAGCCAACUGGUGAAGAGCCUGAAGAUUUUGUGUUUGAAGCACCAAAAAUUUAUGAAUUGAUUCCAUCUCUUGAAUUCUUAUCUGACAAACUGCAGUACUAUCAGAAGCAGUAUAACGAAGCUGUUAGAGGUGGAUUCCUUGAUUUGGUGUUUUUUAAAGACGCUAUAACACAUCUUGUUAAGAUUUCACGAAUAAUUCGUACAGCAUGUGGAAAUGCUUUACUUGUAGGAGUUGGUGGUUCCGGAAAACAGAGUCUUUCCAGGCUAGCCUCUUUUAUAGCUGGAUAUAGAAUAUUUCAGAUAACUUUAACACGAUCAUACAAUGUGAGCAAUCUGACAGAUGAUCUAAAGCUUUUAUACAGAGUUGCUGGUGCUGAAGGAAAAGGAAUAACAUUUAUUUUCACAGAUAAUGAAAUUAAAGAUGAAGCAUUUCUGGAAUUUCUUAAUAACCUGCUUUCUUCUGGAGAGAUCUCCAAUUUAUUUGCUCGGGAUGAAAUGGAUGAAAUAACCCAAGGAUUGAUAUCUGUAAUGAAAAGAGAACUACCACGAGUUCCUCCUACUUUUGAUAAUCUUUAUGAAUAUUUUAUAUCACGAUCAAAGAAAAAUCUUCAUGUUGUUCUCUGCUUUUCUCCAGUUGGUGAAAAGUUCCGUGCGCGUUCUUUGAAAUUUCCUGGCCUUAUAUCUGGCUGUACCAUGGACUGGUUUACUCAGUGGCCCAAGGAAGCCCUUGUUGCUGUAUCUCAUUAUUUCCUGUCAGAGUUUAACAUUGUCUGUUCUCCUGAAGUUAAAGCUCAAGUGGUGGAAACUAUGGGCAUCUUUCAUGAUCUAGUUUCAGAAAGCUGCGAUAAUUAUUUCCAAAGAUACCGAAGAAGAGCUCAUGUCACCCCCAAGUCUUACCUCUCUUUUAUUAAUGGCUACAAAGAUGUUUAUGCUGACAAGCUAGCCAACAUUAAUGAACAAGCUGAGCGGAUGCACAUAGGUCUUUCUAAGCUGAUGGAAGCUAGUGAAUCUGUUGCUAAACUCUCCCAGGAGUUGGCAGUGAAAGAGAAGGAACUGGCUCUGGCAUCUGUAAAAGCAGAUAAAGUGCUAGCAGAAGUGACAGUAAGUGCUGAGGCAUCAGCUAAAGUGAAAAAUGAAGUUCAAGGUGUAAAAGACAAAGCACAGAAGAUUGUAGACGAAAUUGAUUCAGAGAAAGUAGUAGCAGAGGCAAAGUUGGAGGCAGCUAGACCAGCAUUAGAAGAAGCUGAAGCUGCUUUGAAUACUAUCAAACCAGCAGAUAUCGCAACAGUUCGAAAGCUUGCCAAGCCACCUCAUCUUAUCAUGAGGAUCAUGGAUUGCUGUCUCUUGCUAUUCCAAAAGAAAAUAGAUUCAGUUACCAUGGAUCCAGAAAGGCCUUGUUUGAAACCAUCUUGGAGCGAGUCACUGAAACUAAUGAGUGGGCCAUUUCUGCAGAGUCUCCAGCAGUUUGCUAAAGAUUCCAUUAAUGAAGAGACGGUAGAAUUGCUACAGCCUUAUUUUCAAAUGGAAGAUUAUACUUUUGAGAAUGGUAAAAAAGUCUGUGGUAAUGUGGCAGGGCUUCUUUCUUGGACACUGGCCAUGGCAACAUUUUAUGGCAUAAACAGAGAAGUACUGCCUCUUAAGGCUAACUUGGCAAAACAAGAAGGGCGUUUGAAAGUAGCAAAUGCAGAAUUAGCAAAGGCUCAAGAAUUAUUAGAUGAGAAGCAAGCAGAACUGGAUAAAGUGCAAGCAAAGUUUGAUGCAGCUAUGAAGGAAAAGAUGGACCUCUUGAAUGAUGCAGAAAUGUGUAGGAGAAAGAUGCAGGCAGCUUCUGCGCUUAUAGAUGGCUUGAGUGGAGAGAAAAUUAGAUGGACCCAGCAAAGUAAAGAGUUCCGAGCCCAGAUAAACAGACUUGUGGGAGAUGUUUUACUCUGCACAGGUUUUCUUUCCUAUUGUGGCCCUUUCAACCAGAUAUUCAGGAAUCUUUUGCUUAAAGAUUUAUGGGAGACAGAAAUGAAAGUCAGGAAAAUCCCCUUUACUGAAAAUUUGAACCUCAUUUCAAUGUUGGUGGAUCCUCCUACGAUUAGCGAAUGGAACCUACAAGGCCUUCCAGGAGAUGAGCUCUCAGUUCAAAAUGGCAUAAUUGUCACUAAAGCGACAAGAUAUCCACUCUUGAUAGACCCGCAGACGCAAGGGAAAACAUGGAUUAAACAAAAAGAAAAGGAAAAUGACUUACAAGUGACAACUCUGAAUCAUAAAUAUUUCCGCACACACCUAGAGGACGCCCUCUCUCUGGGGAGACCACUUUUAAUUGAGGAUAUAAGUGAAGAAUUAGAUCCUGCACUUGAUAAUAUAUUAGAAAAGAACUUCAUUAAAUCAGGAACCUCUUUCAAGGUGAAAGUUGGAGAUAAGGAAGUAGAUGUCAUGAAUUCAUUUAAACUUUAUAUCACUACAAAAUUGCCUAAUCCUGCCUUCACUCCUGAGAUCAAUGCCAAAUCAUCAGUAAUAGAUUUUACUGUUACAAUGAAAGGACUUGAAAAUCAGUUAUUGAAGAGAGUAAUUCUUACAGAGAAACAGGAACUGGAAGCAGAGAGAAUUAAACUCAUGGAAGAUGUAACAUACAAUAAACGGAAGAUGAAAGAACUUGAAGACAACCUGCUUUAUAAAUUAACUGCAACUAAAGGGUCUUUGGUGGAUGACGAAUCUUUAAUUGGUGUUUUGAGGACAACUAAACAAACUGCUACAGAGGUAUCUGAAAAGCUGGAAGUUGCAGGAGAAACUGAGAAAAAAAUUAACACGGCACAAGAGGAAUAUCGUCCAGCUGCUACACGAGGAAGCAUUCUUUAUUUCCUUAUCACAGAAAUGAGCAUGGUCAAUACAAUGUACCAAACCUCAUUAGCUCAGUUCUUAAAACUAUUUGAUCAGUCCAUGGCCAGAUCUGAUAAGUCCCCUAUUCCACAGAAAAGGAUCACAAAUAUUAUUGAGUUUUUGACAUAUGAAACUUUCACAUACUCUGUUAGAGGUUUAUAUGAAAACCAUAAAUUUCUCUUUACGCUGCUUCUGACAUUAAAAAUUGAUCUUCAGAGGGGUCAAAUCAAGUCAAAGGAGUUCCAAGCACUAAUUAAAGGGGGUGCAGCACUGGACCUAAAAGCUUGUCCUGCCAAACCAUUCCGGUGGAUUCUUGAUAUGACAUGGUUGAAUCUGGUAGAACUGAGUAAACUACCACAAUUUUCUGAAAUUAUGAACCAGAUCUGUCGUAAUGAGAAGGGGUGGAAGAAUUGGUUUGACAAGGAGGCUCCAGAGGAAGAAACGAUUCCCGAUGGAUACAGUGACUCUCUAGAUACUUUUCGUAAACUUUUGCUUAUCAGGUCGUGGUGUCCGGAUCGCACACUUUCUCAAGCCAGGAAGUACAUUGCAGAUUCAUUGAAUGAAAAGUAUACAGAGCCAGUCAUUUUAAACUUAGAGAAAACUUGGGAGGAAAGUGAUAGGCGAACCCCGCUCAUCUGUUUUUUAUCAAUGGGAUCUGAUCCAACUAUCCAGAUUGAUGCAUUGGCCAGGAAACUUAAACUGGAAAACAGAGCUAUUUCUAUGGGACAAGGACAAGAAGUUCAUGCACGCAAGCUAAUUCAGACAUCAAUGUCACAGGGUGGCUGGGUGUUACUUCAGAACUGCCAUCUGGGUCUGGAGUUCAUGGAAGAACUUUUAGAAACAAUGCUUACUGCUGAUAUCCCUGAUGAUAGCUUCCGAGUAUGGAUAACCACUGAACCACACGACAAGUUUCCAAUUACUUUGCUGCAGAGUUCUAUAAAAUUCACAAAUGAACCACCACAAGGUAUGCGAGCAGGAUUGAAAAGAACAUUUUCUGGUAUAAAUCAGGACUUGCUUGAUGUCAGCAACAUGCCCAUGUGGAAGCCUCUUCUUUACACCGUAGCUUUCCUACACUCCACUGUUCAGGAAAGACGCAAAUUUGGCCCUUUGGGCUGGAAUAUUCCGUAUGAAUUCAACUCAGCAGACUUCACAGCCAGUGUUCAGUUUAUACAGAAUCAUUUGGAUGAAUGUGACAUUAAAAAAGGAAUAUCCUGGAGCACAGUCCGGUACAUGAUUGGAGAAGUACAGUAUGGAGGCAGGGUCACCGAUGAUUAUGAUAAGCGUCUUCUUAAUUGCUUUGCAAGGGUCUGGUUCAGUGAGAAGAUGUUUGAGAGUACAUUCUGUUUUUACUCUGGUUAUAAAAUACCAGUGUGCAAAACUCUGGAGCAGUAUCAUGAUUAUAUUUCAACUCUACCGUCAAUGGACAGCCCAGAAGUAUUUGGUCUCCAUCCUAAUGCAGACAUUACGUAUCAAAGUAGCACAGCAUCUGAUGUCCUGAACACCAUUACCAAUAUUCAGCCAAAGGAAAGUGGAGGUGGAGUAGGGGAAACUCGAGAAGCUAUCGUGUAUCGUUUAGCUGAAGAUAUGCUUGAGAAGCUGCCUCCCGAUUACAUACCACAUGAGGUGAAAGCCCGCUUAAUAAAAAUGGGACAUCUUAAUUCUAUGAAUAUUUUUCUUCGUCAAGAAAUUGACCGAAUGCAAAAGGUUAUCAAAAUAGUUCGAAGCAGUCUAAGUGACCUUAAGCUCGCCAUAGAAGGAACCAUUAUUAUGAGUGAGAAUUUAAGAGAUGCGCUUGAUAACAUGUAUGAUGCUCGGAUUCCUAAACUUUGGAAACGUGUAUCUUGGGAUUCUUCCACACUUGGCUUCUGGUUUACUGAACUUCUAGAGAGAAACAAUCAGUUUCGCAUCUGGAUAUUUGAAGGGAGGCCUCCUGUAUUUUGGAUGACUGGAUUCUUUAAUCCUCAGGGUUUCCUAACAGCUAUGAGGCAGGAAGUGACUCGAGCACAUAAAGGAUGGGCUUUGGAUACAGUAACUAUCCAUAAUGAAGUGCUGAAACAAGCUAGAGAAGAAAUUACAACAGCCCCUCCUGAAGGGGUGUAUAUUUAUGGAUUGUACUUGGAUGGAGCUGGAUGGGAUAGACGUAAUAAUAAGCUCACUGAAUCAACUGCGAAGAUUCUUUUCACUGUGCUUCCUGUUGUGCAUAUAUUUGCGAUUAAUACAACUGGCCCAAGAGACCCUAAACUCUAUGUUUGCCCCAUCUACAAGAAGCCAAGGAGAACUGAUUUGACCUAUAUUACUGCGAUCUACCUAAGGACAACUGUCUCUCCAGAUCACUGGAUACUGAGAGGAGUAGCUCUCCUGUGUGAUGUCAAAUAAAGCCUGAUCCUUUGAUUUUGACA